UUCUCCUCUCUCAUUUUUCUCUCUCGAGAGUAAUUCUAAUGGUUAUGUUCAUAACAAAACUCUCUUCCACUUCCACACUCUCUCCAAUUUUCCUUUUCAUUUUCCUCUCAACUUUCCCGGAAAAACCGCCUUCCCCCAACCUAAUCAAAUUUUCCUUCUGAAGUCAAUCGUUUCUUCCUUUCCAAUUUUCAUCGCCGAUCGAAUGGAUUUUUUCUUCUUCGACAAGGCGGAGAAGCCUCCCACCGCUAUUCCGAGAUCGUCAUGCAAUCUCCUCCAAAUCUUCGCCAAGGUUUUCCGCUUCCUAGAGCUCUGCCUCCUUCUGGUUUUUCUUUCGUGGAUUCUGUCCAGGCUGCCGUUCGCCGUUCGAAUUUCCGGCGAGUACUUCACCAAGCUUUU